AUGACCGAUCAAUUAGAAAGGAAAAAGGCUACCCGUCGUGGGAACAGAGCAGUUAUAACGAAAUACAGUAACAAAGCGAAGGAAUUAUUGGCAAAUGGAGAAAAUAUCGACGAAAAUACGAAGGAUCGUUUAAACACGUUGCACGAUCUUCUUGAGGAAAAAUUACAAGUGGUAAAGAAAUUCGACGAAGAAAUCUUACAGUUAUGCGAAGUUAAAGAAAUAGAAAACGAGAUUGAAGUAUCCGCGGAAUUAAAUUUACGAGUUCUUGAUGUUAAAAAACAAAUAUCCAAGUUUUUUGCGAAGAAAAUCGACGAUACAGGAAAAGUACCUAUUCACGAUAUAUCUAUACCUGGUCAAAAUACCCCGCAAGUAGAAAUAACAGAGGUAGGUGAAAUUUCCUCUGAAGUUAAUGUCAAUAAUGAAACAAUAAACGAACAGGACAAUGUUAAUUCAACCCAAGAUCCUACACCAAGUAACCCAACCUUAAUUCACCCAGACCCUAGUAGUCCAACAACCAAUCAAUCAAGUGGAAAUUAUGUCAUAGGUUAUGGUGCAAAAACGAAGCUUCCAAAGUUAACUUUACCCCGGUUCAGAGGAGAUAUUACUGAAUUUCAACCAUUUUGGGAUAGUUUUGAAAAUGCUGUCCACAAGAAUACAAGUUUGUCAAGCAUUGACAAAUUUAAUUACUUAUAUUCCUUGUUGGAGGGUUCAGCAUUACUGGUUAUUAAGGGAUUGGCUUUGACGGAAGAAAACUACAAGGUUGCAAUCGACAUUCUUAAACAACGUUAUGGCAAUACUCAAGUUAUCAUAUCCGCCCAUAUGGAUGAGAUGUUAAAACUUCCCGAUUGUUCGACUGGAAGGGUACGCGAUCUUCGAAGAGUGUAUGAUAAAAUUAAUGUUAACGUAAGAGGGCUUGAGGCACUUGGAGUAAAAUCGGAACAAUAUGGUAGUCUACUCAUUCCAGUAAUCAUGGCAAAACUACCACCCAAGUUACGAAUCCAUGUUGCAAGAAAGACUGCCAGUGAACUUUGGAAAAUUGACAAUAUUCUAGACAUUAUUCGAAAGGAAGUGGAAGCACGGGAGAUCAGUGAGAGUGUUCGUACAAACAAUUCUAGUUUUAAUGACAUUCACAAGCAAAAUGAAGUAUGGAAACAAAAUCGACAGCGGAAUUACAGUUCGUCUGCGGCAAGUCUAUUCGUUAAAGAUGGGGAAAAUGAGCGAAAGAUAAAAUGUGUCUAUUGUGGACAAUAUCAUUACUCAGCAUCGUGCGAACAUGUGAAAGAUGUGAAUGAUCGAAAGGGCAUUUUAAGAGAUCAGAAACGUUGCUAUUUAUGUUUGCAAGGUGGUCAUUGUGCACAUGAAUGUGAAAAUUACGGUGGCCCACAAGGGCAACGUCAUUAAUAAAUCAGAUAUCAAAUUCAAAUUCCUUACUUCAAAUUCAAAUUCAUCACUCCAAAUUCAAAUUCAUCACUCCAAAUUCAAAUUCAUCACUCCAAAUUCAAAUUUCUCACUCCAAAUUCAAAUUUCUCACUCCAAAUUCAAAUUUCUCACUCCAAAUUCAAAUUUCUCACUCCAAAUUCAAAUUUCUCACUCCAAAUUCAAAUUUCUCACUCCAAAUUCAAAUUUCUCACUCCAAAUUCAAAUGUCUCACUCUAAAUUCAAAUUUCUCACUCCAAAUUCAAAUUUCUCACUCCAAAUUCAAAUUUUUCACUCCAAAUUCAAAUCAUCAUUGGUCAGCGGUAACAAUCUCAAAUAAACUACAAUACUUCAUUUAAUAAAUUUAAAGAGAUUUUCGUUCUAUUCGAAUUCAAUUCUGGUUCUAUUACAGUAUAAAAAGUUUGUUAUUUUAUACUAUAUAAAAUCCUUUGUGACUUCAGCGAGAUGUUUUGUCAGUCAUGUGGCCAUAAAGCACACAAUGAUGCAAGUUUUUGUGGAAACUGUGGAAAAGUAGGUGCGUAUUUAAUAAUUAUAAUAUUGUAUAUAUUAAUAUAUUAAAAGGGGCCAUGAAGUUUUGAAGUUUUUUUUUAAUUUUCCCCUAUGUACAGCUUUGUUAAUAUUUACAAAUAUUUUCUAAUAAUAUUGGGCUAGGGACCUACUAGAAACCCUAACAGGCUUUUUAAUUUAGGCCCCUAGUUAUAGUUCACUGUUAUCUAUUAAUUAAUAUAUUUACAGUAAAAUCAGAAAAACAAUUAUCUUAGAGUGUAUUGCAUAUCCUGCUGGUGAUAAUGUCGAUUCGACGUUAUGCGUGGCAACAUGAAUUCACAUGCAUAUACCAUCAUAUUGAUGGCAAAAAUUUUCUGUAUUAACACAACAUGAGAAGGGAGGGAAUGCAUACGAUUGGAGCGUAUUAUAUACCGAGAGGUGUACAAAGCAUAAAAGCUAAAUAGUAUUAGUAUCAUUGAGUAUUUGUGUGAUUCACACUGAAGUCACUGAAAGUAUUUGCAAGUUGUGCUCACAUGUAUGUGUGUAGUACACAUUAUUAAAGAGCUCUCAAUUUUUUAGAUUUAGUAGAAUUUCCUAAAAUGUUGGCACAGGCAUAAGAGACAGGAGGGGGGGGGGGUAGUUAGUGGGUGGGAAGUAUGUGGGUCACAGCCCCCAGUCAGUGUUUAGUUAGGCAGAUUCUAUCCAUUCAAAUUUGAAGUUUGGCAAUUUGCUAGGGCUUCCCAACUCAGUGUAAAGUAUUAUGUCAUGAUAUUAAUGCUUAGUCAGAGAAACUGAAUGACAGAUUUGUUUUAUUCAUUUAUUUAUUUAUUUAAUUUACCCAUAAUUUAUUCUACAUACAAAAACAUUUAUUUAUUAACUACAUUAAAUUAAUGAAGGCUUGGGCUAGAGGCCUAUUAGAAACCUAAAGGCUUUUGUUUAAGACCCCUAGACUAAUUUAUAAUUACAAAACAUUAUUUAUUUAAAAUAACUUUGAAAAAGAAACCAGUUCAAUAUAAAAGAUACAGAAAAAAUAUAUACAUAUAUACAGAUAGGAACAGUUUAUGAAGUAUAAUGGUACAUUAGGCUAAAAUUAAUUUCAUUUGUCAAUAAGUAAUCUUUGAUUCUUUUUUGAAAAUUGUAGAAGACUUAAUCUUUUUUGUAAUCAACGGAAAACAUUCUAAACAUCAAUUACUUUAUGGGAAAGCAUACGUUUGGCAUAAUUAGUUCUUUUAUAGCCUAAGUUUUGUGAAGAUGGGAUGAAGUUCUUGUGUUAUAAUUGUGAAAUUCAGAAUUAGCUGAGAAGUAAUUAUCAAAUAUUUCGGGUAAAUUUUUUAAAUGAUGAUAGCGGAACAUAAAUAUACUAGUAAGAUAGCAAUUUAAUUGUUCGAUAUUUAAUAAUCGAAGAUCUCUGCAAAUGUUGGUUUGUGUGCUCUGAAUAAGAUUUAAAUGCCAUUAAUCUUACUAUCUUUUUUGUAUAUUUAUUAGCCUUUGAAUUCUUGUUUUGUAUGUAUUACCCCAUAUUAUGUUGCUGUAAAUAAGAUAUGGAUAGACCAAGGCAUAAUAAAGUAGCUUAAUUGCGAGUAUUCAUACUGAUAUGUCUACUUUUCGAUAUUAUUGCUGAAGACUUCAUAAUUUUCUUUUCAAUCAUGUCUAUAUGAUCAUUCCAUGUUAGGUGUUCAUCAAUAAUUACACCCAAAAAUGUAGUUUUUUUAACUUGUUCAAUAAUUGUUUUUGUUUGUGGAAACACCACGUAAUAUGAUAUUAUUAGCACUGAUGAAGAUCCGGGCUUACGGAUCGAAAGCUUUGCAGUAAUAAAUUUACGUGGUGUUUCCACAAACAAAAAACAAUUAUAUUUUAUCGCCAUGCAAACAUUCAAAGAACUUAUAACUUGUUCAAUGUUUGCAUUGUUCAAGGAAAUUUUUACAUUAUAGUUUUGGUUUUUCUUCGAAGAUUUAAAGACAAUAAACCUUGAUUGUGAGGUAUUUGAAUGAAAGUUUAUUGACAACAAGUCAAUUGGAAAUUUUAUCCAAUUCAAGCUGCACAGUUUCAUUGAGCGUUUUGAGACACCUAAAAUGGUGCACGAUAUGUUUUUGAAGUUAAAGAUUGAAAUUUCAUAAAUACGUGUAAAACGUUUUAAAUAUUUCUAUUUAUCAUUUUAAUAAUGGCUUUGUAUUUCUGUAUACGAGACAUGUUCCUUUUAUUUACAGUACAUUCUUUUAAUCCUUAGAAGGCAGUUUUCCAUCGACAUCAUCAGGCAAAUGUUAUCUGCCCUCCAAUUUUUGUCCGCCUUAGAGAUCGUGCCCUAGAGAUCUUUAUGAAUCAGAAAUUCAGAUUCUCUGAAGUCUUGCCUAUUUGGGAACUGGGAUUUUUAAAGACUUAUCUUACAACUAGUACUUGUCUAUUAAUUCUCUAGUUCAAAAAUCUCUGCAAUCUAGCAGUUAUGGAACGUCCAGCUCCACUCCAACAGGUAAAGAAGUUUUGUAAUAGCUUUGCUGUGGAAACACCACAUGUAUUAAAUUAAAUUUCCAUUAAUGAUUUUGACAAUGUAAAAACUGAACUUUUCAUUAUUGGUUAUUAUAGAUAUCCCACAUGGUAAAUUAUUGUAGUAAAAACCAUGUUUGAUAUUUACCAGGAAAAUAUUUAAAAUAUUUAAAUCUUUAAAAAACCAUUGAAAACCAUUAAUGGAAAUUAUAAUAUAUAAAUUAAAAUCAACAAAAUCCACUAGGUGUCUUUAUUACUAAAUAGUUUCAUACCACAAGAUGCGGCAAUCUUUAGAUAAAUUUACCUAAUGACUAGAGACUAAAACUUACAAGGUAUGUACAAUAUAAAAAUUAAUCCUAUUACAAAGCACGCAAUUUAAUUAACAUGUUAUGUGAUAAGCUGACAGGACGAGGAAAGAUUAAUACACCACGGUAUAUUUAAAUGUCUAGCUUUUAAAUAUUACUUAAAAUAAAUUUUUUAUUAUAUGCUUACAUGCAUGCAGAGACUAACUCAUUUCGUUUGUUUAAAGUGGCCAUUUCUGGCUUACAAAUAAUAAAAUAUUUCUCCCAUAAACACAAAUUACAUCGAUUUGAAGCACAAUUAUAAGACUUAGCUCGUUUCAAUAGUUUCUAAUGAAUUAUAUAAUCAAUGUUUUGAUUUUUCAAUUCCCACACAUAUUUGCAUAGUUCAGUAGGAACGUUCCGUUUGUUGAAAGAUUUGAAUCAUGUUUUGUGGUUUGCAAGUCUUUUUUUGAGCGAGUUUUUUGUAAGUAUCAUGCUGUAUAUGGAAAGGUUCUAACUUUAUUGUUUUUCUUUCCUUACAGAUGUUUGUCCAACAAAUCCUGUAACUUCAGUAAACGAUUCAGACAGAGUCGCUGCAGGUAAAAGAGUAAUGUCUUAUGAUGAUUACCGAAAAUCAAAGGGAAAACAAUGGAAGUCUUUGGUUUCCAAAUCUGGGAAAUCAAAGACACAAGAAUUUGAUGUAACUAUUCUAAUUUCCCUCUUCGAGUGGAAUCUCAAAGAAGCAAAAUUGAAGCCUAAACGAGGUAAAAGGAUGACGUUGGUUGUAUCGAAUACAGCACCAUAUGCUUCCAUCCUUAAAAAGGCUGUUGAGAAGUGGCGAGCAUUCCAUUGUGAUUGCUUCGACGAAAACGAAGAUUACAUGCUCUUACUUGAAAAUUGUAAAGAAGCUUUGUUUCUUCCUGGAUCCCACAAAGAGUUUUUUUCCCUCAAGAGGUACAAGGAAGAAGUGGGUAAAGAUUAUGCCAAGAUAGUUUUAUACUUGUGUACGCGACGCGAUUAUGAUAUGUCUGAAGGAUACGAAAGUGAAGAAGAUGAUACCACAUGUUCAAGUAGUCAUACUGCGUCAAGAAACCAUAAAAUGGAGGAAUACUUCAAUGACACCAUCUGUGAUCCUGUUCAUUUUGGUCCAAGUACGGAAAAACGAUCAAAGCUGGAGCCUGGAAGGGAUUUAAGCAAAACGGACAUUGAAAACCAGAUCAUGAAUGAUGAGACUCUUGCAAGAGAAAUGCAAUCGGAACUCGAUGAAACUCAUCAAGCUAUCAUUGAACUAGAUGUUGAUAAUGAAAGCAAAGAAAGUAACGAGACAGAUUCAACCAAAUUUACUGACAUCCCACAUUUGGUAACCUCUUUGGAAGACCAUGUAGACAAGUCAAGUCAAUAUUUCCUUGUGAUUCGAAGAGGGAUAACAUUUCAAAGGCUGUUGUUGUUAUGGCAGAGAGAAUGCAAGAAAACCUCCCCAGAGAAAGUUUUCCGAGUCAAAUAUAUUGGUGAAAGAGGCAUUGAUUCUGGUGCUAUCUCCAAGGAAUGCUUAACAAAAGCCAUAUCGGAUAUGGGAACUUCUAUGUUCCAUAAUGGUGCUCCCAUUGAUUCUGUCUACAACAUCCACAAUGGCCAAUUCAGAUCAUGUGGUGAAAUGGUAGCUACAUCAAUUGCCCAAGGAGGCCCGCCGCCACGUUUUUUGCAUGAAAACGUAUUCAAGAUGCUUGUGAAUCCAGAUGUUGAUGUUGCUAAUCUGAAUCCUGAUGAACAUCUCACAGAUGACGAUCAACAACUUAUAAGUAGAGUGAAGAAUGAUGUCAGUGCACACAAAAACACCAUUAUCGACAGUGGGUACACUGGCGUAAUUGAUGAAGAUCAUAAAGAUGACAUUGUUGGAACAAUGAUAGUCAAUAUAGUGGGCAAACGAUUGCUAUAUCUUAAAGAGUUCGCUGAAGGGCUGAAGCUGUUUGGUCUAAUGCAAGCUAUUCGAGACAAUCCUGAUCUCACUAAAACCCUGUUCGUUGUAGGAAAUGAUGCAGUUGAUGCAAAUUAUGUUUUUUCAUUGAUGUGUCCUCAGUAUUCUCCAGAAGGAUCAUCUAAAAGAGUCCAUGAAGACAAAAUCAUGGAUAAUAUACAAGACUUCCUAUUUGGCCUCGAAGAUGAAUCUGUUACAGGCUACGCAGAAGCAAUAUCAUGGGCCGCUGACCUACCGGAGGAAUAUUCAGCUGAGCUUCGGGCAUCUCAUGAAGAUGUUGUAGAUAAAGGCAUUACUGAAAAGUUUGAAAUGGCCAAUCUAACGCCAGCCGGUAUUUUUGGAUGGCUUACAGGGCAACAGCAUAAGCCCUUAAAUGGAAUUCCACUUUCUAUUAUAGUGGAAUUUGAUCACGAAUGUAUGUCAAGAAAUUCGAAGCACACCAUUUGCUUCCCCACAGUGGGAGCCUGUGCCAAAGUGAUUACGUUCCCCGUUGCCCAUAUGACUGACAGUACCGAAUUUCGAAAUGUCUUUCUGCUUGCAUAUUGCAAAGGAGGUUCUUUUGACAAUCCAUAA